GGAAGAGGUUGUUUUGCAACAUUCACUCGUAACUCUUCAGUUUUGUAACAACCGGUGUGAAAAUGUCGAGUGUCGAUCUUGCUAAAGUUGGACAGAAUCUACUAAAAAGCGCGGAAACUGGACAGAAUGUGGAGCUUGGGUCUCUGUGGCAAGACAGGCCAGUGGUCCUGUUCUUCCUGCGCAGGUUUGGCUGUCAGGUGUGUCGCUGGAUGGCAUCGGAGGUCAGUAAACUAGAACCUGACCUGAGAGCAAACGGUGUUUCGCUGGUGGGCAUCGGACCAGAGGAGUUUGGGAUGAAGGAGUUCAAGGAUGGAGGCUUUUUUAAAGGAAGCAUUUAUGUUGAUGAGCAUAAGAAGUGCUACAAGGACCUGGGCUUCAAACGGUACUCUGCAUUAAGUGUCGUUCCUGCUGCUCUGGGGAAGAAAGUACGAGACGUAGCUGCCAAGGCCAAUGCUGAAGGCAUCAGUGGGAACUUUUCGGGUGAUCUGCUCCAGAGUGGAGGCAUGCUCAUCGUCGCUAAAGGUGGCGAAAAAGUCCUCCUGCACUUCAUCCAGGACUCACCCGGAGACCACGUCGCUCUGGAGGACAUUUCCAAAGCCUUGGGUGUCUCUGCUAAAGUGAAAGAAGGUCAACGACCUGUGUGCAACGAAGAUGUUUGUACUCGAUGAGGACCUCAUCAAACUUCGACUGAAGAUCUUCAGAAGACAUUUCUGCUUUACUACGAAUGAGAACUCUAUUUACAUUUGAAUGAGUCUUUGCUUCUUUGUGCUCAUUUUUAAAGUAUGGUGAAUGACGUAAUUGCUUUUUUUAAAUAGCAGUUUGUGAAUAUGUAAUCUUAAUAUUAUUUUGUACAAUGAGUAAUUUGUGACGGUAAAUAUCUUGAUUGUAACUCUUAACUUGGUGAUGUUCUCAACAGUCUGAGCUGAGCUAGUAAAAAUGUUAAACCAAGGUGUCGUUGGAAGAGUCACUUCACUAACUGUGUCGUUUUAUGGGAAAUAGUACGUUGGACAUGAACCCUCUGGUGGAUGGAGUCACUCAACAGCCCUGAAAUGCUCAUAGAAAAGUGAUUCUUUUUUUUUAUUUCAUGUGUAACCAGGUGUUUUGAAUGGAUUUCUAUCAGAAGAGACCAGAUUUAUUAUUUCUUUUCUUGCCAUGUUUCUGGUUGUCACUAAGUGCAACAGGCCACCAGAGCACACAAACCAUUCACAUCCCAGUCCACGGACAAUUUGGAAUCAUCAAUCUCUGGAAGUCAGCUUAUCAUCUGCUAGUUGGAGACGCCACGUAAAUCUUAUUCAUGGUCAAAGGAACCUAAAUGAAGGCAGAAAAGUGAGUUUGUUUUGAAAGGAAACUGUCCAAAAUUGUAAAAAAUAAUUCUUUCCAAUCAUUUCCUUCCUGAACCGUGAAACAAAAUUUUACACAUAAUAAAACUCUGAAUUAUCAUAACAAAAUGUUUUAUUAAAAGGGUUUUCAGUAAUGCAUUUUCUCCUACAACACUGUUUCCGUUUCCUCUUUUGCGCAAGAGGUACGCGAUCAAUACUUCAAAACUGUUGACUCUGGGCCGCUCCCCCUGGUGGAUAUAUUGGUGAACAGCAGCUCGAGCCCAACGUUGUACAGCACUUGUUUUGUGUUGAAACAGACUUGACAUGGGUAGUUGGUCAAUUCACUUUAAUAACAGAUAAGAGUCACAAAAUGUACAGUCCGAUUGUGUGUGUCCGUGCGUGUGUUUGACAGCAGCAGGAACAGUCAUUAAAACAUCUGGCUAAGCAACACUGCUACCUCAUAAACAUUCAUGUAGAUAAAUAAAUUUCUCUGAUCGGUAAAUAGAUAAACACGUGACGAUAUAUUUAGCAAUAUAUAUACUGCUCAAAUAGCUCAUACUUGGCAGGUCAUUACAAAACAAGAUCAUUUCACUGUGAUGACAUGAAAGCAAAACAAUAAGGAUUGAAAUAAUUUAUAUAUAAACAUUGGGGAGAAAUACAUCAAGAAUAUACAACAACACUUCAUGUGACAGUUUGAGUAAAUAGUUGUUUCUUAGCAUGACAAAGUGUUGCCAGGACUUCUGCUUCAACAGUCUUCACCAGGGUGUAGCAGUGCACGUGUUUAGGCUGGUUACUUACACGUAUUCACACAAGUUAAAUCACUGUUGAGCACUACGAAACACAUUUUAUCUGAGUUUACUCUGAGUCUCUCUACAAGUUCAUGCGUUUCUAUGAUGUGUUGUUAGCAUUAGUUAAUCUCAACAGCACAUGACUCCUUUUUAAAUCGGUCACAACAGGAUCUGAGAGAUGUAGU